CUCCACCUUAGAAAUCAGAAUAAACCCUUCCUCCCUUCCCUUCUCUUCUUCCUUUCCUCUCCCGGAAUCGGAAAUCAAUCAAAGGGCAGGGCAUAAUAUAUAAGAGCAAUUUGGCGUUUCCCCAAAGCUCCCUCCCUCCAUUCGUUCGCGUCCAAUCUCUCCCUCUGCGUCCGCCUUUGGAUUUUUAUGCAAUUUCGUUCGGUCAAGCUUCUUGCCUCCGGAAUUUUAAUGGCUAGAUCGUCCUCAACCUCACCUGCGUUGUUGCCGUCUUCGUGCUCCUUUCGUCGAUCAGCGAUUUCUUUUCAGUUCCCUUGUCCUGCUUCCGAUUCUUCCAGCUUUUAUUUUCCUAGUCAGCGUGCUGUUCGAUUUUGACCGCCGGUUAGGGUUUCUUCGUUCGUCCGUUCGUAAGCCUCAGCCGCCGCCGCUAGCUAGCUAGCAAUAGCAAUGGGGAAACGUAGUAAUAGAAAGAAGAAUGCCUCCAUGUUGGAGAGCGAUGAUGAUGAUAGUAGUGUGAGUUCAUCGUCGACUGUACGUUCUGAUCUUAUCUCCGUGACCGGUAAUGAAGAAGUGGAGAUUGAGAAGGAUAACUUACUGGACCAGGCUUUAGAUGCUUUGUACGAGAAGAGGAGUACAACUAGAGAGAGAGCAUUGGCCUCCAUUGUCGAGGCUUUCAAUACCAAUCUACAGCAUGAGUUUGUGGAAAAGAAGUUUGCUACUUUGCUACAUCAAUGUGUCAGUUGCAUAAAAAAGGGGUCCAGCAAAGAGAUAGCUCUGGCAUCUCAUGCCAUUGGUUUGCUGGCCUUAACUGUUGGUUUUAAGGACAACACUCAUGAAAUAUUUGAAGAGUUGAUCGCCCCAAUUUCCCAGUCACUUAAGUCUGGUUCAGACUCGUUGAGGAGGGUAGCUUUGGUGGAGUGUCUUGCCAUUGUUACCUUUAUUUGUGGAAAUGGUCCCGAGGAGACUGAACAAUCUAUGCUAAUCAUGUGGCAGUUGGUUCGCCCUAAACUUGGCCCUAAUGUCGUUGGCGUUAAGCCUUCUAGUCCUGUUAUUACAGCAGUGGCGUCUGCCUGGGCGUUUCUUUUGACAUCCAUGGACGGGUGGACAUUAAACCCCAAGGACUGGCAAGAGUGCAUUUCCUACUUCUCCUCGCUCCUGGAUAAGGAGGACCGUACCGUACGAAUUGCAGCUGGUGAAGCAUUGGCUUUGAUUUUUGAGAUGGGAUGUCUGGAGAAGUUUGCUGCCGAGGCCUUUGAAAGCUCUGCUCAAGAUGGGAAUAAAUCUUAUGCGCAUGUGCAAGGUCUAAAAAGAAAAAUACUAGAUCAAGUGAAAGACCUUGCUGCAGAGGCUGGAGGCAAAGGGUCUGCUAAGAAAGAUCUGAACAGCCAGAGGAACUUGUUUAGGGACAUUUUAGAUUACCUUGAGGGGGGUGACAGUCCUGAAGUCUCGAUGAAGAUAGGUGGGGAUUCAUUCCAGACCUCAACCUGGCAUCAACUAGUACAGCUGAACUUCUUGAAGCAUUUUCUUGGAGGUGGAUUUGUCAAGCACAUGCAGGAUAAUGAGUGUCUCCACGAAGUAUUUGGAUUUGCACCAAAAAAGAAACAGGGUGCUGAUGCUCAGAUGUCGAGUGGUGAUAAGAGAAUGUUCCGGUCCCCAAAUUCAUUUCUGAACAAAGCCAGAACCCAGUACAUGAACAAGCAACGGAUGCUGUCUGAGGUGGGAGAAAUGCUGGUCACUAUUCCUUGGAUGCUGCUGAUGAAUAGGGCCUCAAAGGCAGCAGCAUGGCUUGAUCUUUCCUUGGUGGAUGUAAUUCACUGAAAUCUGCUCCGACAUUUAAAUUCUUAUUAUUCUCUAGGGGUUUGCCAGAGCGAAUGACAUAAAUUGCUGAAUAGCUGUGACAGCAUAUCUUAGUUUUGUGGAUUUAGAUCCUUCAUGUUGUACAAUCAAAUAUUAUGUGCUGCAAUUUAGUACUUAUGUGGAAUCACUAAUCCUUGGGUAUUGUUUUUAGUUAUUUAGUUGAAGGGUGUUUCCCCCUUCAAUCUGAGGGCUUGGUCCAGGCGCGCAACACCUUUUUGAUUAGUGAUAAAGAUGUUGUUCCACAUACGUCUUUGUAAAGCUCAAAAUGCGUCGUAAUAUGAAGAAAAUCAACA